GACAUAGGAGAAAGAAAAGAAGCGGCAGAUCAACUGGUCUAAAAAGGAGGUCUAUUUAAAGGCUAGAGUAUACAGAUGAGUUUUAAGGUGAGACUUAAAUGCUUUUACUGAGGUAGCAUCUCGAACUGUUACCGGGAGGGCAUUCCAGAGUACUGGAGCCCGAACGGAAAACGCUCUAUAGCCCGCAGACUUUUUUUGGGCUCUAGGAAUCACUAAUAAGCCGGUUGGCUCAUUUAACUGCGUUACUAUUAAUCUGUCCUCGUUUCCCUCCCCGAAAAGGCCUUGAACCUGAUCCGUUCCUGGCGCUUGUCCCCUUGACAUGGAGGCGGUGUCGGUCCGAGUGUGAUGAUGCCGGCCGAGCGGGUGAUUCAGCCAUGUGCGGCCAGGUGGGGACUCGUGGGCGUCCUGUUUCCCUGAGUUAUGUGAUAGCCCGAGUUUCAUUGCGUGUGUCGGACGUGCGUCCUCCCCUGCAGCGCAUUUGGACUGAAGGUCCCGAGGCGGACAAAUGGACCAGUGUGGUGACAUCUUUGUGCGAGGAAUUAUGUAGGCCGCAGGAUACUUCUUCUUCUCUAUCCUUCUUGGUCAAGAUGAUCCCAAUACUCUGCCUGGCCAUGCUGCUACCUUCAGUGGUCCACUCAGCACAGGGUCAAUAUGCCCACAAGCUGCUCAACGACUUAAUGGACAACUAUUCCAGCGCCCUGCGGCCCGUGGAGGACACGGACCGAGCACUUAACGUCACUUUGCAGAUCACGCUCUCCCAGAUCAAAGAUAUGGAUGAGAGAAACCAGGUGUUGGUGGCCUACCUGUGGAUAAGACAGAGGUGGCAUGACGCUUACCUGACGUGGAAUAAAGAGGACUAUGACGGACUGGAGAUCAUCCACAUCCCCAGCAACCUGGUAUGGAGGCCGGACCUUGUCCUCUAUAACAAGGCUGAUGAUGCAUUGUCUGGGCCCAUGGACACCAACGUGAAACUGCGCUACAAUGGAGAGAUCACCUGGGAUGCCCCCGCCAUCACCAAGAGCUCCUGCGUGGUGGACGUCUCCUACUUCCCCUUUGACAGCCAGCAAUGUAACCUGACCUUCGGAUCCUGGACCUACAAUGGAAACCAGGUGGACAUCUUUAUGGACAUGGACAGCGGCGACCUGUCCGACUUUGUGGAAAACGUGGAGUGGGAGUGCCACGGCAUGCCGGCCACCAAAAACGUCAUCAUGUACGGCUGUUGCUCCGACCCCUACCCCGACAUCACCUACACCGUGCUGCUGCAGCGCCGCUCCUCCUUCUACAUCUUCAAUCUCCUCCUCCCGUGCUUCCUCAUCUCCUUCUUGGCUCCGCUAGGAUUCUACCUGCCGGCAGACUCCGGGGAGAAGGUUUCCCUGGGGGUGACGGUGCUCCUCGCGCUCACCGUGUUCCAGCUCAUGGUGGCCGAGAGUAUGCCUCCCUCAGAGAGUGUGCCCCUUAUAGGCAAGUACUACAUCGCCACCAUGACCAUGGUCACAGCCUCUACAUCUCUCACCAUCUUCAUCAUGAACAUCCACUUCUGUGGUCCUGAGGCCAAACCGGUCCCGCGCUGGGCCAAAGUCCUCAUCAUUGACUACAUGUCCAAGAUCUUCUGCGUGUACGAGGUGGGCGAGAACUGCGCCUCGUCCUCCUCGUCUUCAUCUGCCCACUCUGUCCGGAAUGAUGGCGGUCACAAGUACCUGGGCCCUGGUCGAGAGAAGCGACAGGUCCAUAAGAGCCCCAGACCUCAGACCCCGAGACCGCAGCAACAUGCCAGACUGAAGACUCAGCAGCACCACGUCACCAGAGCAGAGAGGAGUCUCUUCUCCACCUUCCCGCUCGGGAAGUACGAAAGCUCCGACGGGAAGAUCCCAGCAGGGGACUGCUGCAAAGAAGACCGCCGGGUUCCUUGUUGCCCCGGUGACAAAUCUCCUCUCUGCUGCCAAGAAGACAAAAAACCUCCGUCCCAAGGCUCCGUGGUAACGUUUGGCCCCUGUGUGUUCUGUCGCCACGGCGACGGCGACGCCAGGCUGGUGCGCAACGUGGAGUACAUCGCAAAUUGUUUCCGAGAGCAGAGGGCCACGUGCGCCAAGGGUGCAGAGUGGAAGAAGGUGGCUAAAGUGAUGGACCGCUUCUUCAUGUGGAUCUUCUUCAUCAUGGUGUUCCUCAUGAGCAUCCUGGUCAUCGGGAAGGCCCCGUGAUCAAUCCCGUGAUUAGUCUGCGGCUUCUUCUGACUUCAAUGCUGUGCAAAAGUCUUUUGAAGGCCGCCACUAAUAUUCUUGUUUUUUUCACAGCUUUCCGGUAGACAAACACUCAUCACUAGUGGAUUUUUAACAGAAAUUGGAUGGAUUUUAAGGUAAAUUUAUUUUUCUCUUUCAUACUUUUUUCUUCACUUUCUUACUUUUUUCGUUUUAUUUGUAACUUGCCUGUAUUUUAUACAUGUAUUUUUUGUGCAUAUUUUUGUCCUAAAUUAAGCAUUUUAAGCAUAAAAACGACUAAAUCAAGUUUAAAAAAGGAAAAUACUACAGUAGUGUUAGCCAUUAGAUCAGGGGGGCCCCCAAAUUUUUUUUAACCCGCAUUCCGUUAAAAAUGUUU